AUGGUCUCAUUUUUUGGGUUGAAGCUCGGGGGCGAUAAGAAGAAAAAGCCCGAACAGCCCCCUGGAAAGUCGGGCUCGCAACUUGGAAAGAGGAUCGAUCAGAAUAUGCUGGGGGAAGGCCAGUUUUUUGGCAGACAACCAGGCACACAUGGUUACACAGCCAGCAUAUACUCAACAUCACGGCCGGCUUCGCCCCACUCGUACAAAGUCACCUCAAGCUCUCGUAAGAAGCAGGGCGUCUACGCAUCCGAUACGCAUAAUUUAGCGGCCGUUAGCAUGUUUGAUCUUUCCGUGCCGAAGCCCAGUCAGGAGUCCAAGAUGCCGCCUUUGAAGCCGGCCUCAUCAAACCCCAAUCUACGGGAACAAGCCAGUAACCUGGGUCCAACACCGGUACCACGCCCAGCUACUGCCACGACCAAGCAGAAACCCUGGGUCAAUCCCUUGGAUAUUCAUUUCAACAAGCCCCCGACACUUGUAGUGCCUCUGACUGACAUGACUACGUGCGGCGGUAGCGUGCCUGUCUCGCCCAACAGCCAAGCGCCUUCACCACUGCGGAGUAAGCAGCAGCAGCAGCAACAACAGACCCCAGCAAUGGACCUCAGGUGUCCUCCAUCCCCUCCUCGAUCCAUCGACACGACCGAUUCGGCAGAUCACCGGCCAGUCCUCGACAAGCCCGUGUUUCCGGGCAAUGCUAGCGCGCGGCCUUGGUCAAGUAGGAAUCUCAGGAACGCACCAUCUGGGCUGGCAGACGUUCCUCAGCUGAUCACGGCUUUGCCUUCGCCGCCCUUGUCCAUCCCCCGGGCAAGCGACGAGACAAGUCAUCGUGCGUCUGUGAAUCAGUGGGGCCAGCCAGUUAUCCAGAACGUCCAAGCAAUGCACCAAGCUACGCCCACCAGCACCACCAAGAGGUCGAGCCUCGAACUACGGGUGAAAGCGUGGGAAAAGCCGUCAAUACCGGCUUGUAGCCAUCAGCGUCCAAGGACGUCGGCCGGCCUAGAACGGCAACCAUUACCCUCACCGUCCCUGUAUCCGGCCCCUUUGAACCCGUCGUCGUCGGGAUCGACAUCACCUUGGCCCGGUAGACAGAGUCCGUUUGCUGCAAAUCAAUGUCAACAUGCGGCAGUUGACAAUAGACCGGUUCGGACUGGGCCGCCAGCUGCGGCCGUGGGGGCGCACGGGCGCCCGAUUAGACCACGAGUAGACACGACCAUGGCCACUGCCCCGAGACCUACGGCCGAAGACUACCGAGAGCUUGUGAGACGAGACUCGGAUGCUUCCAUCUACAGCUCCGAUUCUCCCCUUGACAGCCCUGUCAUGCCCAUCAGCGGCCCGCUCUCUAGUCCCCGUCUUGCGCCACCUGAAUUGCACAAACUCUCAACCCCCGCCAAGGAACUUGAUACCAAAUUUCGCUUCCCCGACUGGUCCGCAUUGAACGGCUAUGUUCCGUCUCCGCCGAGUGUUAUGUUGAACCAGCCAUCACCACCACUCGACUCUUAUGCCUGGCCUCUUCCUUUACCAGUGGCGCCUUCGCCAUUUGCACCUGAGCCCUUGGGCACCCUGGAUUCACCACGGCUGCCGGCACAGCGCUCAGAGUCACCAUUUUCCAUACCGUCUUUCAGUCGGCCGUGGACGCCAACCAACCGACCAGGCACACCCGUCAAAACGACGGAAAUCACCACAAUGAGUACCCCGCGGGACCCUGUACGCAGUCCUCUGGUCCCGCUUCCCCGGCCGCCCGUGGAUUACACGUUGCGGAAACCGCCCGUCUUGGGUCGCGACUUCAAGAAUUUUAUAUAG